AUGGCGAAGUCUAUGAAACCAAGAACAAACUAUUGCAAUCAAACUCCUUCUAAUAAGAAGAAGGAGAAGGAGUCAAAGAAGAAGUUGAUUGAUGGGAACAAAGAUGUGGAGCCUCAGCUAUGGCAUGCUAUUGCUGGAGGAAUGGUUGGAAUUCCAGAACUUAACUCUAAGAUCUUCUACUUCCCUCAAGGUCAUGCCGAGCAUGCGUAUGAACCUGUCAAUUUUCCUGCUGACUUCAAAAUUCCAUCACAAAUUCCAUGUAGAGUUGUAGCUAUCCAUUAUAGGGCUGAUCCUGACACAGAUGAAGUGUAUGCAAAACUCAGGCUUGUUCCUCUGCAUAUUAGCGAAGUUAGUUUGGUUGAUGAUGAUGUUGUUGGCAACGAUAAUAUGUCUGAAACUAAGAAUAAAUAUCAAUCUUACACGAAAACCUUGACAAGGUCUGAUGCAAACAAUGGUGGUGGAUUCUCUUGUCCUAGGUAUUGUGCCGAAAAGCUUUUUCCUCCACUAGACUAUUCAGAUAUGCUUCCUUCUCAGGACAUUUAUCCCAGGGAUGUGCAUGGAGAAACAUGGAGAUUCAGACAUGCUUAUAGGGGCGCACCAAAGCGGCAUCUGUUUACAACUGGGUGGAGUGGUUUUGUGACCGAUAAGCUACUUGUUUCCGGGGAUUCACUUGUGUUUGUGAGAGAUGAAUACAAUGAUCUUCAUGUUGGAAUUCGAAGGUCUAAAAAACGAAACGAUUGUGGAUUUAAAUUUUCAUCAAAGAGGAAAUUGGGUAGUGAAACUGGAAUUUGUCUUGGACCAUCGCCUUUAGGAGAGUUGAGAAUAAGUGAUAAGGUGAUGGGAAUUGGAAAAGUGAAGGCUGAAGAUGUUAUUGAAGCAGUAAAACUUGGUGUCAAUAUGCAACCGUUUGAUGUGGUUUACUAUCCUCGGGUUGGUACUCCCGAGUUUUUUGUGAAAACCUCUUUAAUUAGAACAGCACUUCAGAUUAGGUGGUGUUGUGGAAUGAGGUUCAAGAUGGCCAUUGAAACAGAAGACUCGUUAAAGAUAAAUUGGUUUAUGGGAACAAUUGCUUCUGUUCAGACUGUUGAUCCAGCAUGGCCCGACUCUCUUUGGAGACUUCUCCAGGUGACAUGGGACGAACCUGAUUUACUUACAAAUACGAAAAUGUUGAAUCUGUGGCAAGUCGAAAUAGUAUCGGACAUGCCUUGGUUACCUUUUCACCCUUUCUUGCCAUUAAGCAAGGAACUGAGAUUGCCUCAACACCCAGCUUUUCCCAUGGAUGGCCAAUUUUCAAUGCCAACUUUUCCAAAUGUUCCAGUUACUAGUACUGCAGGCAUGCAUGGAGCCAGGGAUGAGUAUUUCCAACAAAGAUUUAAUCACCAUACCUCAACAUCGACGACUGCCCCUAAUAACCUUACAUUGCAAAAGGAGAGCAGCAGUGAAAAUGUUUCAGGCUUGAUAUCAGAGAAACCGGAUCAUGCAAAACCGAAACACUUGGUGCUUUUUGGCCAGACAAUAGUUCAUGCGAAGCCGAAACAGUUGGUGCUUUUUGGCCAAAAAAUACAGAUUGACUCGGGAAAUGAAAAUGAUGAGGAGAAAAUCACUAAUUAUUCUUCUGAUUCUCCUCUACAAAACUCCUCUAGUGAGAGGCUGGAGUGUGAUCUAGAGAACCAAUGCAAAAUAGAUACAUUGGAAGGAGAAACAAUGGAGAUUGAAGAUUCAGGUAAGAAUCAGUAA